CAGCGAUGGGAGAUGGGCCUGGGCGGGGUCGACCGGAUCGCUCGAUGUUCUUGUGCCGGUCGCUCUCCGCCAACUUCCCUCCAAAAUCCACAAUCCAAAAUCCAAAAGGGCGGGCAACUUUCCCCCUGCUGACCUUUUGGUCUUUGCCUCCCAGCCCGCCGAUAUCCGCCAGCACCAAGCCGCCAUGCCCAGCAUCCACCACAUCUUCAGCAUUGGAUCCAUCAACAUCGACACCACCUUCCAUGUGCCCCACAUUGUCCGUCCCGGCGAGACCCUGGCCUCCACGCACAUCAGCAGCUCCUUUGGCGGCAAGGGUGCGAAUGCCUCCUGUGCGAUGCGGAGAGCCGUUCCGGAGUCGGUCGCAUCCUCAACCCAGCCGAGCAUCGCCAUCCACCAUGCCGGCCGGGUUGGCAUCGACGGUGCCGCUGUUCGAUCCUUCCUCGAGUCCGUCGGCGUUCAAAUCAACCUCAUCGACCUGGACAGCACACAGCACACCGGCCAAGCUAUCAUCCAGGUCGACGCUGCCGGCGAGAAUGCAAUCGUGCUCUUCUCCGGUGCAAACCACACGAUCGACGAGCGCUUCCUGCGCCGGGUCUUUGAUUCGAUUCAGCAGCAGUAUCAGCAUCAGCGCCCGACUCAGCGCACUCCCUGGAUUGUCCUGCAGAACGAGAUCUCGCAUGUCGCCGCAGCCAUAUCCCUCGCUGCCUCGCUCCAGUUUCCGAUCGUCCUGACCCCAACUCCCGUUACCCCGAGUCUCCUCCAGUACCCAAUUGCCUCGGCGAGCCUGCUCUGCUUCAACCGCGGGGAAGCAGCUUGUCUUGCCAGCGAGUCCAUGACUCCUGAUCCUGCUGUAUCAGCCGACCACAAGGGACUGAUGGCCCGCCUGGGCUCCAAAUACCCGUCCGCUGUUCUGCUCGUCACCCUUGGCGCGGACGGCUCGCUCCUUGGCUUCCCAGGCGUCGCGGAGGUGAUUUCGAUCCGGGCGGCCCAGUGCCGGCAGGUGGUCGAUACGACUGGCGCCGGCGACACGUUCGUAGGAUAUUUUGUGGUUGGACUGUCGAAGCGACAGGCCCAGCUCCCAUUUCCGGCAGCCGAAUCAGAGGACAUUCGACGGCUCGAGAUGAGCAAGUACGUUGCAGCCGCCAACGAGGCGAGUGCUGCAGCAGCACUCUGCGUCGAAAGAAGCGGGGCCAUGUCGGCGAUCCCGGUUUGGAGUGAAGUCCAAGACCGGCUUUGAUCAGCCCGAGGUCAACCCAGACGAGACCAACCUAUCACUGUGCUCUUGAAUAAAGCUGCUCGAUCGCUGUGGUGCUCAUGAAUCCAGCAGUCCA